AGACAACCAAUCCGGCUUUCUCAACAUAACUCGCUGUGCUUGAUUCUCAUACUCGUGCUUGUAGAGUAGGGGUUAAUCAUGGCACCGCCUGCUGCUACCGAUGCCCCAGCUAUCCCUGGGCCUUCACCUCCUUCGCUGUCUCUCCCACCUUCACAAUUUGCCCGUCUGCAACCACACGCCUACCUUCUUGCUCACUUGUCCCCGCCUCCCUCCAGCCAACAGUCGCCCAUACGAGCCAAUGGACGCACUCCUUUAGAGUUCCGGUAUACCUCUGCCAAUUCCGGUUCUUUAACGCACACCAAUGGCAGCGCUGUGGUGAGAAUAGGCGACACUGCUGCCGUGUGCGGCGUGCGGGCGGAAGUGCUACAUACCGAAGAUAUAGCAUCUUGGGGUGUCUCUGCGUCUUCCAGUGCGAGGAAACGAAGGAGAACUGAUUCAGGAAAUGAAAACGGUGAAGGUGACGAUAACGACAACAGCCAAAUCAAAGACCUCAAUCUUUUGGUCCCAAAUCUUUCAUUGAGCACAGGGUGUGCGCCAGGCUUCAUACCAGGCGCCCCUCCGUCAGCACUGGCGCAGUCACUGUCGCACCGGCUUCUCUCCAUGCUACAUAGCUCUCAUAUAAUAUGUGAAGAUGAUCUGCGAAUAUGGUAUCACCCACCAGACUUCGAUGCCAUCGAGCGUCAACAGUCACGCAAAGAUAAUGAAAUGGAAACCGAUGCGGGGGAAAAAGAAGAUCCAGAGAGCCCUGAACCAGAGAUUAGAGGAUUCUGGGUACUAUAUAUUGAUGUCAUGAUGAUUUCUCUCGCUGGAAAUCCUUUCGAUGCUGCAUGGGCCGCUGUGAUUGCGGCUUUGCGGGACACGCAACUGCCAAAGGCGUGGUGGGAUGUUGAUAAUGACAUGAUACUAUGCUCAGACGAGGCUUCGGAAUCAAAGAAACUCAACCUCCGUGGUCUUCCAGUUGCGAGCUCCUUUGCUGUAUUUGAGGCAGAUGCUGCCGCAGACUGGCGUGCCGUCGUGCUUCCGAAUGUCGAAAAGGCAAAGACCAAACAGACAACUCGUGAGCAACAGAGAUGGAUCUUGGCUGAUCCGGAUGGGUUUGAAGAGAACCUGUGUCAAGAGCGGAUAUGGAUAAUGGUUGACCGGAACGAAGAGAACAAUAAAUCGAAGAUAAUAAGCAUGGAGAAGAAUGGAGGCCUAUCUGUUGGCCGUGACGAACUGAGGAUGCUUGUCGACAUCUGCCUAAAAAGACAAGAGCAGAUCAAAGAUAUAUUGCAAGCGUUGUAAUAGUUUAACAAGAAAAUAAAGUCAAAUCGACAAUGAUACCAAUCCCAUUUCAAA